CCAGAAACGACAGUGUUCUCAGAGGAAAUUUGGAAGUGUAAUGUGAGAAGAGAAGUAACGGGAGCCAAAACAAAAUGAAAACUCACAGCUUCACGUUGUCCUCGCCACUUACGGUUACUUAUUUACUUUUUGGUGUUAUCUUCACGGUGACCGGAGAUAGUUGUGAGGUGAACCACUGCCAGAAUGGAGGGACAUGCGUGACGGGCCUGGGAGAAGGCCCCUUCUUCUGCAUCUGUCCCGACGGAUUCACGGGCGACACAUGCACUGCGGUGGAGAGCGGACCCUGCAACCCCAACCCCUGCAAGAACGACGGAAAGUGCGAGGUCGUGAGCCAGUCGCGGCGAGGGGACGUCUUCAACGAAUACGUCUGCAAGUGUGCACCAGGCUUUGAUGGCGUUCACUGCCAGAACAUAUCUGUGCCUGCAGAUGUGAACGACUGUGUUGGCCAGCCCUGCAAGAAUGGAGGGGAGUGCCGCGAUCUGGAUGGAGAUUUCUCCUGCAAGUGCCCCUCACCCUAUAUUGGGAAGCAGUGCCAAUUGCGUUGCAUCUCCUUGCUGGGGAUGGAAGGGGGCGGGAUUGCCGAGUCUCAGAUCUCCGCCUCCUCCGUGCACUAUGGAAUCCUGGGACUGCAGCGCUGGGGCCCUGAGCUUGCCCGUCUCAACAACAAUGGCAUCGUCAACGCCUGGACAUCUGCCACUCAUGACAAGAACCCCUGGAUCCAGAUCAACAUGCAGGGGAAGAUGAGAGUCACAGGCAUCAUUACCCAAGGGGCCAGCCGCUUAGGCACCCCCGAGUUCAUCAAGGCCUUCAAGGUGGCAUCCAGCCUCGACGGCAAGACCUACACCGUCUUCAGAGACCAGGGACAGAGGAAGGACAAGGUCUUUGUGGGGAAUGUGGAUAACGAUGGCACGAAGACCAACAUGUUUGACCCUCCCAUCGUCGCACAACACAUCCGCGUGAUCCCGGUGGUGUGCCGCAAGGCCUGCACCCUGCGCAUGGAGCUGGUGGGCUGUGAGCUCAACGUGUAUUUAAACACGGCAGGUUGCUCUGAGCCCCUGGGCAUGAAGUCCCGUCUGAUCUCAGACGGGCAGCUCUCAGCCUCCAGCGCCUUUCGCACCUGGGGCAUCGACGCCUUCACCUGGCUCCCCCACUUCGCCCGGCUCGACAAGCAGGGCAAGACCAACGCCUGGACCGCGGCCAGCAACAACCGCUCCGAGUGGCUGCAGGUGGACUUGGAGUCCCCGAAGCGCAUCACAGGCAUCAUCACACAAGGUGCGAAGGACUUUGGCACUGUGCAGUUUGUGUCUGCCUACAAAGUAGCGUACAGUGACGAUGGACAUUCCUGGAGCGUGUUCAGGGAUGAAAGAUCCAAUAGUGACAAGAUAUUCCAAGGCAACAUUGACAACAAUGCGCAUAAAAAGAAUGCGUUCGAGCCGCCUUUCUACGCGCGCUUUGUGCGAAUCCUCCCCUGGGACUGGCACGAGCGCAUCACCAUACGCAUGGAGCUCCUGGGCUGUGACGAUUAAAACCUCUCCCCCUCCGGGCUCGUGCCUCUCUCCUCUCUCCACUCCCCCACCUGCCAGGCCUGCAUUGCCUUGUCAGCAGCUACAAGGGGAAGCAACGCCCUGCACAGCUCUUAAACACCUUCUUGUGGUUGUGCUGGCUGAACUCCUUAAAUGAAUUUUCCAGUGAGGAUCACCAUACUCAAUCUGUAAUUCAGUGGUAAAUUAUAGCAUGUAGUGAAUAUUGUGACCACGUAAAUAUCUCGUACUCUGUGGACUUGACCCCAUUCGUAAGCCUGGCUUUUUGUCUGUGUGAUAAUCCGUUACUUCAUGCUUUCUCACUUUUCAGUGCUCUUCCAGGUAGAUGUGUUUUUUUGAAAAUUUGUAUUUUGUGAUGGUUUUACAGUGCAUAGUUUAUUGGUGUGGAAAGCUUAUUUGAAUUGUGAAACUGAUUUGGAUCCGGUGGUUUAUGAUUUCCACAUGGUUUUUAAAAACAAUAAAGAUAAAAUGUAAAAAGAUAAAAAUUAUUCCUCCAAAUGAUUUAUUCAGACAAAUUAAUUUGCCAUUUCUGGUUAUGUUUGUACUAUCAUGGGUGGAGAAGAGACCGGGCACUAAUUUAACAUUGUGAACAACUGUACUUGAUUUGUUUUUCUUCUUUUUUAAAGAGUAACUCUUGCAACAGUUGCUGAAAGAAUUGCAUUAUUUCUUGAAGAAAACUGCAAUGAAUAUAUUUUGUGAUUGAGGUCCUACAGGUUCUAUAAUUUUAAGAUAAUUUUAGAUCUCUCAGCACAAAAACGGCUUAAAUUGAGUUUGUGUUUUGUGUAAAUGAUAAUGGAUAAAUCCAAAAUAUGAUUUACGUGUCAGUACAUGGAAAUUAUUUAUGGACCGUUUACUUUAAGAAUUUAUGUUUUCUUUAUUGAAAUGAUGUGGGUACAUUUAGUAGUUGAUUGUUGUUGUGGCAGCACAGUAAUUUAAAAAUGAUUCUUAAAGUUCUGUUUAACUAGAUUAAUCCACAGUGCAUUUACUCACUAUUACAUGGAAAAACCCAUCGCCAUUUACGAGUUAACCAGGAGAAUUGCACAUUUGCCAUUAAAACCUUUCUUUCUUUCUGUCUGUCUUUCCUAAGAGCUGAGGCAUGCUAUAUUUGACAGUGAUGCAAAAUCAAUCUUUCUUUGCAGUAGCAGGAAAAUGCCUGUGAGUGAUUAAUAAAAGAUAGAAAUUAUCUUGCACUGUGUGAAAAUGCAUUCUUUUCUACCUGAGGGCAGUGCCUCUGAGAAAUACCUUUUCAUACUCUGUCCCAAGUACAAAAGCACUGGUUGUUUAACUUGCCCUAAAUUCCCAGCCUUUGUUCUCCCAGGGAUCCACCAGUUCCAACUUGCUUGGCAUGCUUGUGGGAUGUCACCUUGUGAGCACAAUGCUUGACCCCAGUGCUCCCCUGUUUCUGUGCAGCUGCGAUUCCCUGAUAUCCACGCUCCUGUGCGCACCAAUAGUUUUUUUGCUCCACAGACUUUGUAAAUCAGUUUAUACAUUGUGAUUUCCCAUGACUAGCCAAAAUGAGAAGUUGACUGCCAAAUGAAAAAUAUUUUUUGAAGUUGCAUGGAAUCUCAUGAUCUCCUAAGUUAAAUAUGAAAAUGCCCAUGCAUAAAUAAUCACAUUUGGGAAUGUGCAAUACAUUAGUGAGCAUUAUCAGUUUAUUUUGGGUAUAUGCUAGUAAAAUCAAAAGAACAAGGUAAAAUGUGGACAAUAUCUCACAGCAAGUAAAUGCAAGUAACGGUAACCAGAAGGGCACUGAUUAGUCGAUGACAGACAUUGUAAAAUAUGUAUAAUUGUUGUAGAGACUGUUGUCUCAGACUUUAUUUCAGUGUUGUCCAAAGAGUGUACUGUACUGCAUAACCUUGUAAUAUUCCAGUUCUAAUUCCAGUUUUGCAAUUUGCAUUGUGCAGAAGUCUAACCUUAUUUUCACCAUUGUUAGCAAAGCAACAAUUGUAUGUUUAUCUCGUGUUUUUCCAGGUUUCAUAUGAUUCUUAAAAACAUCUAUAUUUAAUCUACACAGGUGACUAACUCCUGUAAUAGAUAAAAAUGGCUGGAUUUUGUUUUGCAUUCUUGUGGUUGUGUAGAAAUAUAUUGUGUUUUAAAUUGAAUUGCUGAAUAAAAACACUGAUUAAGUUGA